AUGCUUUCUACCAUGGUCGGUCACAGAUUGCACUUAGUGAGAAGGUGGCCUUACGGCGAGUCGGUAACUGGAGAUGAGGUGGUUGAAAUCCUUCUCGACUCCUUGAUACCAAUACUCAUCAAUUACGAGCGGGAAGGGAUGACAGAGGGCCAGGAGAAUCUCAAACUGUGCGGUGUAUCUGGUAUAAGAAUAUGCGACUUUCUUACUAGAGAUGAUUCCAAUCUUGUGGAACUGUCAUUCAUGGACCGACUUGCAAAAGCCCGAGAUGAGCUUUGGAAAACACACAGAGCUCGAACUGAUCCGAACGUCCUAGAACUCAGAGCUGGUUGGCCUCGAGGACUCCCGGUCCAAAAUCUAGUUGACAGUCCAAUUUGGCUACUACAUGCUAUGAAGUACCAGGAUCACGCACCCUUUCUGUCGGUGAGAGCCAAUCAGCUACUUUUCAGUACCGUUGAUGUCAUCAUGGAUGUCGUAACGAAAGAAGGAGAUUGCAUUCAUGGAUUCGUGGAUGAUCUUGGGUUUGUUAUUCAGGCUCUCCUCGCAAAUCCUCAUCAAGCAACCAGAAUUUGCGAUGUUCGGCGUGUCUGGGAAUAUUAUUCCCAAAUACUGGGCCCGCAUCCGGUUUAUCUUGGACUGUUCAAGGAAUGGUUGGUCAAUAUCCUACCGAAUCAAGAUGAAAUGGCCGAGGCUAUCAAUAUGAUUCAACAGCCUUCUUUGUCGGUCAAACCGAUGGUAUCGGCGGUGCCCACAGGAUCGGAAGUCAUUGAAUGGGAUCCCCACGAGGGCGACUAUCCUCUUUCAGAAACGACUCUGGAUGAUGAUAAAGGCAUAAGAACGGAAAGGCCCCACGAAAUACUUUGCACAAUUCUCAACUACCGCAUGGGGGGGUAA